GUGAAGGGUUUGUAACCCUAGCUUCUUGGUGAGCCACCUUUUAUUCGGUGCUACCUUUUGACGUCCUCUGCUUAACUCCAGUGCCCAAACCAGCUUCCCUUCCAUCCCCAUCAUCUUCUCCGAGCUGAAUCCAGCUCUUUCGUUCGUCUAUCUGUGUUUCAAUUUGUUAAUUCUCAAAUCUUCAUAACGAUGUCCGACGAUGAAAGGGAGGAGAAGGAGUUGGAUCUCUCUUCUCCUGAAGUCGUCACCAAAUACAAGAGCGCCGCCGAGAUAAUUAACAAGGCUUUGCAGUUAGUAGUAUCCGAAUGCAAACCAAAGGCUAAGAUUGUAGACAUUUGUGAGAAGGGUGAUUCGUACAUCCGAGAGCAAACUGGAAGCAUGUACAAAAAUGUUAAGAAGAAAAUCGAGAGGGGUGUUGCUUUUCCAACUUGCAUUUCUGUCAACAACACUGUCUCUCAUUUUUCUCCGCUUGCCAGCGAUGAGACACUGCUGGAAGAAGGUGAUGUGUUAAAAAUCGAUAUGGGUUGCCACAUUGAUGGGUUUAUUGCUGUAGUGGCGCAUACUCAUGUUCUUCAGGAAGGCCCAGUUACUGGAAGGGCAGCUGAUGUUAUUGCCGCAGCCAAUACCGCUGCAGAGGUUGCUUUGAGGCUUGUGAGGCCGGGAAGAAACAACAAAGAUGUCACUGAUGCAAUUCAGAAGGUGGCUGCUGCAUUUGACUGCAAAAUUGUUGAAGGUGUUCUCAGCCACCAGAUGAAGCAGUUUGUGAUAGAUGGUAAUAAGGUUGUACUGAGUGUAUCUGGUCCAGAAACAAGAGUCGAUGAUGUAGAAUUCGAGGAGAAUGAAGUUUAUGCUGUUGAUAUUGUAACAAGCUCAGGUGAAGGCAAGCCUAAGCUGUUGGAUGAGAAGCAGACUACUAUUUAUAAGAGAGCUGUUGACAGGAACUACCAUUUGAAAAUGAAAGCAUCGAGGUUUAUUUUCAGUGAAAUAAGUCAGAAAUUUCCCAUCAUGCCAUUCACUGCUAGGGCUCUGGAGGAGAAGAGGGCUCGGCUGGGUUUGGUGGAAUGUGUUAAUCAUGACCUCUUACAGCCAUAUCCUGUGCUUCAUGAGAAGCCUGAUGAUUUUGUUGCACACAUCAAAUUCACAGUUUUACUAAUGCCAAAUGGGUCAGAUCGGAUUACAUCUCAUUCUCUGCAAGAACUGCAACCCACAAAGGCAAUAGAUGAUCCUGAAAUCAAGGCGUGGUUAGCCUUGGGCACAAAGACAAAGAAGAAAGGUGGUGGAAAGAAGAAGAAAGGUAAAAAGGGAGACAAAACAGAGGAGUCAACAGAAACGGAGCCUAUGGAUUCUACAACAAAUGGUGCCGCUUCCCAAGAAUGAGUUUCCCCACCCUCUCCCCCUCCCAUUUCUCAACCCGCGCCCAGUCAAUUUUGGUACUUAUUGUCCAGUCCAUUGUAUCAGGUUGGAUGAGUUGGUUUAUGAUAGUGUUUAGACUGUAAUCCUGAUUGUGUUUUCCUGCAUAUACGCCUUUUUGUGUC